AUGCGCGACCGCGUCGCCGCCCUGCAGCGCAAGGACGCCCACGUGCGCCUCAAGCGCCGCCUGGAGGCCGCCGUCAAGGAGCAGCGCUUCCGCGCCGCCGCACGCCUGCGCGACGCCCUGCGCCACACCACCCCGCCCCCCAUCGUCCUCGACAGGGCCGAGUUUGACUUCAAUGGGUGGCGACCGUACGCGACGAAGCGCGUCAACUCGUGUAAGGUGUCCAAUGGCGUCUGUGUAGAGGUCGAGAGCUUUUAUGACGUCGAACGGAGCGGCCGCCAGGAAAGGGGAAAGAUGGCCGUGUUUGGCGUCAGGGUUAGGGUCAGGAAUGAGAGGGAGGAGAUCGUGCAGCUCGUCGGGAGGCGAUGGUGUAUUGAGUCAUAUGUGGUGGGCGGGAGGAAAGAGGUGGAGGGCUGGGGUGUGGGCGGGGAGAGGCGUCAGCCGGUGCUGGAGCCGGGCGAGGAGUUUGUGUUUGAGACUGCUGUUCCGGUUACGUUAUUUGGCCUGGUGCCCGUGCCAGUGGGUGGGGAGGUCGAGGGUGUCGGGGAGGCGAACGCCGUUGUCGUCGGCGCAUGCAGCGGCGCCGUCGAGUUUGUGUCGGGCGACUGCGGCGAGGACGACUGGGAGGCGGACGUGGGCGAGUGCUUCUUGGUGCUGCCCGGAUGA